CUGGUUUCCUCUUUCCAGUGUACCGCUUACUCGAUCAGACUCGUUUAUUUUUCAUAGGCAGUUGUUUAAGUUUUUGUUCUUCACUAACAGUCUCCAGGAUCUCAAGACAGGAUGUCAGUGAUUGUGUCCAAGGCUGAUGGGGUCACUGUACUCACUCUGACCACUGACCCCCAAAGUCCUUGGCCUCCUCUGUGCCAGAUCUUCAAGAACCUUUGCUACAGUCCAGUGUGCUGCACUGUGUCUCAGCGCCUGAGAAGUCUCAACAGAGCUUCUCAGACAGUGCUGGGGACUCUGCAGAUAAUGAUCGGGCUUCUCAACAUUGGAUUGGGAUCUAUACUCUAUAGCACUUGGACCUCCUUUUACUUAAACUACUUAGGCUUUCCAUUUUGGUUGGGUGCAUUGUUCAUCAUGUUCGGCAUUGUGUGCGUUUUGUCUGAGAAGUAUCCAAGUCCAUGUUUGGUCAUCCUUACUGUGAUUCUGAAUCUGACUGGAGUUGCUUUUGCCAUCACAGCCAUUGCUUUGUACAGCAUUAAUUUAGGAUACAUUGAUUCUUGGUGGAACUGUUAUGAAUACUACAAUGGUUACAAUGGCUACAAUGGUUACAAUGGUUACAAUGGCUACAAUGGUUACAAUGGUUACAAUGGCUACAAUGGUUACGGGUAUGGCAGGGAAACGAUAAGGUCUCCAUCUUUGGAGGAAAAACUCCUUCAGGAGAAAUGCUUGGAGGGCCGAGCAAUGCUGGUGAUGCUCCUGAGAAGCAUCAGUGCUGUGAUGAUCACCUUGUCUGUUCUGGAGCUCUGUGUUGUGAUAAGCUCUGCUGUCCUGGGAAUCAAGGCUCUGAGGAACAAAGAAAAAGGACAAAACAAGAGCACUGACGACCCAGAGCUCUACAAACCUCUGCUGGAGGAAGACGCUGCACAGCCUGUGGCAUAAACAUCUUCACUCUGUGCAUGGAAAAUUGAUGGAUAUUGAAUGUGGAGUACCUCAAGGAUCAGUAUUGGGUCCGAAAAUGUUUAUUAUGUAUAUAAAUGAUAUUUGUAAUGUAUCAAAGAUACUAAAGUUUUAUACUAAAGUAAUUUUUGCAGAUGAUACCAAUAUACUUUGUUCAGGUGUGAAAUUGCAACAGGUUUUGGAUGUGAUCGCACAGGAGUUAAAGAUAUUAAAGAAGUGGUUUGAUAGAAACAAAUUGUCAUUAACAUUAAAUAAAACAAAAUUUAUUUUAUUUGGAAAUUAUAAGAAAAAACAUUAACAUUGAAAUUUGUGUUGAUAAUAUAUAUCUAGAAAGAGUUAAUACUAUAAAAUUUCUUGGUGUGAUCAUUGAUCAUAAGGUCUGUUGGAAAUCACACAUCACUGAGGGGAGAGUUAGCACGGGGCAUUGCUGUCUUGGGGAAAGCAAAACAAUUUCUGGAUAGGAAAACAUUGUAUAUGUUAUAUUGUGCUUUACUAUUAGCGUACAUGAGUUAUUGUGUAGAGGUUUGAGGAAAUACAUAUAGAAGUAAUAUUCAGACUAUAAUCAUAAUGCAGUAAAGGGUUAUUAGAUUGAUAAAUCAGGAGGGGUAUAGGGCUCACACAAAUGCACUCUUUAUUAGGACGCAAGCUAUAAAAUUCCAGGAUCUGGUCAAGUUCAAAACAGUGCAAAUAAUAUAUAAGGCAAGGAAAGGGAUGCUCCCAAUCGAAAUAAGUAAAUGGUUCUUAGAGAGAGAAGGGAGAUAUAAUUUUAGAGGGAAGUGGAAUUUAAAAUUACAAAGAGUAAGAACAACUUUGGAAAGAAUGUCUAUUUCUAUAGCGGGAGUUAAAUUCUGGAACGAGUUAGAAGAAGAAAUAAAGGUCAGUAGUGAUAUAAACCAGUUUAAAAUAAAACUCAAAAAAGAAAUUUUAAAUAAGUAUAAGAAUGAAGAAAACGCAAUUAACCCAAGAAAGCAGUCAAAGUGAUGUUUGCUUUCCUUUGCAAAUGAGUAAAUCUAAACAUAGUAUUGGUUGAAUAUGAGAAAAUAUUUUUUGUGACGUCAUGUUCUAAGUUGAAACCAUUGUAUAAGUUUUUGUUGUUCAAAUUUAGAUGAUGAGGAAAUGAUUAAGAUGUAAACAUAAGUGGGUAGGGCUAAAUAAGUAUAUACUUCUGCCUACUCCUUUUCAAACAACUGCAUGGAAUGAUAUUAUAAAAUGUUGGUGACUGUAUAUGUUUGAAAUAAAAAUGAACUGAACUGAACUGAAAUGUCAACGAUUUACACACAUUCUUACUAAUAACUGACUGAUAAUAUACGAAUUAUGACUGUGUGUUGACGCAGCGAUGUAUAUCUUAUGUUUAAUUAGAUCCCACCACCUGUUAUGUAAAAAAUGAUUGACAAAGGAAAAAAAUAAUUGUUACAAGUCAUAGUCCUGAGCUCAGAUGCUGUGCAAUAACCUGAAGUUUAUUAAGUCAAAAUAAAAACUAGUAACUCUUUUCUUUCUUUUUUACAGAAGUGUUUAAACAGGGAAUGUCAGGUGGAGGUUGUUACUUUUAAAUGAGGUUUGAAAUUUUAAGAAACUCCAGUUUUUACUGUUCCCAGCCUGUGUUGUAAAUGAGUUCUUGGUGUGUUCAAUAAAACAUGAAAAGUUCA